UUCAUUCGGUCACUCUUCCUAUAAAUACAGACUAUUAAUACUCAUUUUGGAAACAUUACGAAUCAACAAGUGAUACAGUGACUAUGGAAUUGAAAUUGUUGGCUUUGGUAUUUUGUUGUGUCGGAUUCGCAUCAUGUCAGGCACCCAGACGUGAUGACAAAUGGCCACCGCCAGAGCUUAUAAAAUUUUUAAAACCGAUCCACGAUAAGUGUGUCUCUAAAAUUGGUGUAACUGAAGAGGCUAUUAAAAAGUUCAGUGAUGAGGAAAUUCAUGAAGAUGAAAAACUGAAAUGCUACAUGAACUGUGUAUUCCACGAGGGACACGUGGUUGACGAUAAUGGUGAACUACAUUUAGAAAAAUUGGCUGAAGGUGUCGAAAUGUUAGGACCGGAAGUCGAAGCUAUUGCCCUAGCAAUGGGCAAGAAGUGCUUAAAACCUGAAGGGGAAACACAGUGUGAUAGGGCAUUCUGGUACCACAAAUGCUGGAAAACGGCAGAUCCAAAGCAUUAUUUCCUUAUUUAAAAGCAGAAUGAUUUAGUUAUUGCAGAUUUCACCGGAAUGACAUUAUUUGAUUCAUUUUGUAGUACUUUCAAUACCAUUUAUUGAAUAAAGUGUUGAUUAAU